AUGUCGCCCACGUACCUCCUCCCCGUAACGACGUCAUCCGCCACCUUCUUCAGAGCGCUGGCAAUCGCCUCAACUACGCUGUCAUGUCCUCAUCCUCACGUCUUCAGAACCUUUUCGUCGAGCAGAGGGAGCUUACAGUCCUCCAAAAGAGAGCUAUAUACUACACCCUCCUACCAACCUCACAGCUUACCGGCUGAUUUCGCGCUUCCACCUCGCAACACCAACAUUCCCGACACCUCCAUCGCCGGCCCUCCUUCGCUGUCCAGUAAUGCUAGGCCUGCGCAAUCGAGCCAGAAGCCACGCGAUUCACAAGAAACAGCUAGCAUCGGUGUGCCUGAGUUCGAGGCGCAGAAGUCCAAGCCGGUUGAAGCGGCCAGUCCAGCGGCGUCGACGGCGAAGGAGGCAGAAGCAAAGCCGACUAAACCACGGAGGAGCAAGCUAAGACCUCGCAAGGCAACAAUGUCUAUCAGCCCGGACGCUCUGGUCCAUCUCCGCGAGCUUUUGGAUCAGCCCAAUCCGAAAAUGAUCCGGGUAGGAGUGAAAAACAGAGGUUGUUCAGGACUCGCCUAUCAUUUGGAAUUCGUUGAGAAGCCCGGUGCUUUCGAUGAAGUGGUGGAGCAAGAAGGCGUGAAGGUGUUGAUAGACAGCAAAGCACUGUUCAGCAUCAUCGGGAGUGAAAUGGAUUGGAUGGAAGACAAAUUGAGUGCUAGAUUUGUUUUCAAGAACCCGAAUAUUACCGAACAGUGCGGAUGCGGCGAGUCUUUCAGCGUCUCGUAG